AUGGAUCAGCUAAUGAUUUUAAUAUUUCUAACUCUCUGUGUCUUAAGACCUGCUGAUGGGUACCAGUUCUUUCAGGGACAGAUCCCCAAUGGUGACAAGGUGCCUCACCCCUGCAAGGAGAAUCACAUAUGGAAGGGGGUAGGGCACAGGAAUUCUGAGGGCGGAGGGAACAGAAAUCCAUUUGGAGAGGAUUUCAAAGCAAAUGACAAGAAAUGGGACAAUGUUUUAUGUAUGAAAGACUCAGACAAUGAUGGAAUGAGUAAUGGCCAAGAACUUGGAGACCCCAGCUGUGUGUGGACCCCUGGGUCACAAGCUAAUAGGACUAUUGGCCUUUCUCUUCCAGGAGUUUGUGAACCAUGGAAUUCUCCAAAAUGCAUGGGCCAGAAUCAAUGGGACUUCUGCAAUGGGACAAAAUUCAUAUGUCCAGCACUAGAUGCGACAGGUGAUGACGUGGGUUCUAUGUAUAGGGAAGCCGCUCCCUGUGGAAUGCGUCCUGCAGACAAAAGAUGUUCUCAAGCCAUUUUCCUAUGGGGCCAAGGUUCUCAGGGACAAUGUGAAAAUGAAAAUAUGGGAUUUCGCAUUGGAAAAACUGGUUUUUCAAAGAUAGUAAUACAGCACCAUUGGAACAAUCCUGAACUACGCGACGAUUAUUAUGAUAGUAGUGGAAUGAUGAUGUACUACACGCCAAAUCUCCGUCCUUACGAUGGGGGAAUUAUGAUAAUUGGACAAAAUAGGAUGGCAAUUCCUCCCAGAGUUCCUCUGUACAAGGUGACGAGUAAAAUAUCCAAGGCGUGUACUUACUCCAUUACAAAAGGAGUUGGGCCACUGACGAUGGUCGGAAGUGUUCUUCAUAUGCAUUACCUUGGGAAGUCGAUAAAACUGGAACAGUAUAGAGGGGGUAAAAUGAUCACUUCACUCGGGGAAGAUAAAGUUUAUAAUUAUGACUCUCCAGUCAUGCACAAUUUUGAGACACCGAUUGAGUUGAGAGAAAGGGACGAAGGACUUUUAACGUGUAACUACAACUCCAUGUCGAGAAAUUCAACCACGUUUUGGGGCAAUUCAACUUCUGCAGAAAUGUGUUAUGCAUUUGUGCGUUACUACCCGUUCAACCACAACAUGAAAUUCAUAAUGAUGCAGGGAGAAGAUGUGUGUGCUGCUAGAACAUUGGUUGAUACUCUUGAUGGAGUGGCCACAUUAGGAGUUGUUGAUGGAUGUGACCUAGAUAAUUUCAUUAAGAAUGAAAUGGCUGAAAUCAAAAACAUCACAGAGAUGAUAUGCGAUGUAACCGGAUUCAGUUGCAAUUCUGAAUGUUUUGACGCCAAAAAGAAAUUGCUCAAAACAAAUGUAUGCGUGAGAGAAAAGGAUGCCAUUGAUAUGACGGAAUCAUUUCUGUCCUCCACAAAAUUUGAAAUGGAGCCAUUUUGGAGAGGUUUCCGUUCAUGUGAUGAAAAAAUUGCUACUGAGGAAAAUAAAGAUGAUCCAUAAUAUUACUAUUUUUGAUGUUUUACUUAUUAAUCAUCAAUUUGUUUCUAUGUUAUUUGGCCUAUCUUGAUACAAAAAUAAAUAUUUUGACGAUCAAGAUAUGUAAUUUGUUCAUGUCCAUCUUUGUGAUUUUAUUACCAUGGACAAUUCCAAACCAAAUAAAUUAGUCAACACAAGUGAAGAAAGAAGAGUCAAAUAUAGAUUUCCAAACAUCAGUUGUAUACUACAAAUGCACAGAUAUUACUUUAGUUUUCAGAUGCUUUGCUGGCAUGACAAUCCAACACAAAUACAAACAUUCUUUUUAAAAUAUAAUGAAAAUAAAUAAUUCCCUAAUAAAUAUGUUAAAAUGUCAUAGAUCAUAAUCAUUUUAAAUUCCGUUAAGACAUGGUAUAAAAACAUACGCCAACCAUAUCCAAUAUGGAAUGAUAAUAUAUGCCAAUACAUGUUAAAUAAAGAAAACUAAAGAAUAACACAGUUUUUAGGACCUACAAUAGUUGUAUGCCUUAAUUAAGAUUUAGAAGCUUUUCUAUAAUUUUAAAAAUAGAACCUUGAACAACGGCUGCAAUAAUGUGUGGAUAUGACGAAAGUUUUUUUUAAACAAAUCCUAGACUAUAUAACCAAUACGGAAACAAAUAUCAAAAGAAAAAAUAGGUCCCACCUUAACUUGUAUGCGGCGUUAUCCAAUAGAGUUUGGAUCUGGGAAUCCCUUUCCAGAUCUCCCGUAGCUACCCAGUACACGUUGACUCCGCUCAUAUCAGACACCAUCUUUACCUAUAUAAAUAUAAAAAGAAAGUUAUUUGAUCGAUUAUAUUCUAUACUCGGAUGUGUGUGAGGUAUAUAAAACAGCUUUGUAAAAUUUUAUUAAUAAGUUUAACCUCGGCAAUGGGAUCCUAAAAGCCUAGA